CUUUUUUUGCAGCUUGAAUCCUGAGUGGGGAUUUGAAUAAAACUGAAUUGGAUCACCCAGUUUCUUUCACAGGAUCAUCUGGACAGAAAGAAGAAAGCAGCUGGAGGUGAAUACUUACUAAAAGAAGCUAAACAAAGCAAGGGAUUUUAUUACAUGCCACCUAGUUUAACCCUGACCCACUCCAGUGUUCUUGCCUGGAGAAUCCCAGGGACGGGGGAGCCUGGUGGGCUGCUGUCAACAGGAUCACACAGAGUCGGACACGACUGAAGAGACUUAUCAGCAGCAGCAGCAGCAGUUUAACUCAGAUUAAAACUGACCAUGAGGUCAGUCAGAGUGUACCACUCCACCAUGAGUUCUUCCAAACCCGCCUAUGCAGAUUACUUUGGCAGAAUUGGUGAAAUACCACUGUAUAAAAAAUUUAUCCAGAAUUGGCGUGAGGUGGAGAAAUUUGAGGCAAGACCAGAUGACCUUGUCAUUGUCACCUAUCCCAAAUCUGGUACAACGUGGAUUAGUGAAAUUGUCUGCAUGCUUUAUGCUGAUGGUGAUGUGGAAAAGUGCAAAAAAGAUGUCAUUUUUAAUCGAGUUCCUUACCUGGAAUGUAGAAAUGACCAGAUGAUGAAUGUUGUCCAACUUUUUUUUUUUAACUUAGGAGUAAAACAAUUAAAAGGGAUGGCAUCUCCUAGAAUAGUGAAGUCUCACCUGCCUCCUGAGCUUCUUCCACUCUCAUUUUGGGAAAAGAACUGUAAGAUCAUCUAUCUUGCCCGGAAUGCCAAGGAUGUGGCUGUUUCUUAUUAUUUUUUCUUUUUAAUGGUGACUGCUAAUCCAGAUCCUGGUUCUUUUCAAGAUUUUGUGGAGAAAUUCAUGGAUGGAGACGUUCCUUAUGGUUCCUGGUAUAAACACACAAAAUCUUGGUGGGAAAAGAGAGAAAAUCCACAAGUGCUAUUUCUUUUCUAUGAAGACAUGAAGGAGGAUAUCAGAAAAGAGGUGAUGAAAUUGAUAAAAUUUCUGGGAAAGGAGACAUCAGAUGAGAUUGUGGACAAGAUUAUAAAACACACUUCAUUCCAGGAGAUGAAGAACAAUCCAUCUACCAAUUAUGAAACACUACCGGAUGAAAUCAUGAACCAUAAAGUAUCUCCCUUCAUGAGAAAAGGAAUUGUAGGAGACUGGAAGAAUCACUUUACCGUAGCCCUGAAUGAGAAAUUUGACAUGCACUAUGAGCAGCAAAUGAAGGGGUCUACACUGAAGUUCCGAACAGAGGCCUAGGAAGGAUUUUCUUAACAUCUGAGAUUGAAGUGUUCUUCCAUCCUUCCUCACCUUCUUCAUUUUAAACUAGUAGAGAAUGAAUCAUACAAAAGAGCAUGAUCAGGUUCACAUGAUUACUGAGAUCUUAGUAUGAAAGAGCAUGAAAGAUUUUUUUUUCUGUGAUAUUAUCUCUUUAAUAUUUUCUUUCCUUUUUUCUUUAUUAUAAAUAUUACACAAUGCUAUAACCUAUGAGAAUGAUGUAGGUACACACAAAUUGUUCAAGUUGUCGAGCCUCAAUAAAAAUAAUCAAACACCCCAAA